AUGGGUGUGAAAAUGCUCAAAAAGAUGGGCUGGCGAGAAGGCCAAGGAAUUGGAAUGAAAAUGACUCGAAAAGCACUCGAAAAACAAAAAUUAAAUGAAGACAGAGCCCGUUCAAGAAAAGGAAAUUAUGAUGAAGAAGCUGUGAAAGAAGCGGAAGAAAUGGCACCAAAUUUUCAGUUUGCACCAACCGAUUUUGAUCCAGAUUUAUUGAAAUCUCAUGAAGGUCUGCAUGGUUUGGGCUAUCAGGCAAUACAGUCCACGUCAGUGCUGUCCGAGAAAUAUGGCACCAUCGAGGCUUCACUCAAGACACGGGCAUUUGGAGUUGGAGCAUUCGAGGACGAUGAUGAGAGCAUCUAUACGAAUUACGACUUUUCGCAGUAUGACUUCUCAAUCGGACCCGGAGGAAAAGCAGCAUAUGCUUCAUGCAGCGCAAGUGACACAAGUUUUGUUAUGGCUGAGAGACGACAACCAGCAAGGCAAUUUUUUGAGCCUCCGCGUUUGCCAACAAAUUUUCGCCCCAUUCAUACUCCGAUACAUCCGGAUAUCUCGCAGAUGCCUGCCAAUAUCAAGCAGUUCGGUGAAAAAAUGAAUCACCUACAGCGGGCUAAAUUAUUGGGCGAGGUUGAUCCGAAAGCUGUGCUCGAAUUGAUACACGAUAAAGAUAGAAAAAGGCUGACUGCAUCUGCUUCUCGUACCUCAAUGAAUAGUGAAGAUUUGUUAAAAAAUGCGUUCGAGGAAGAGCCUAUGAAGCAAGCACGGUUCAAACAAUAUGUACAUUAUUUGAAGCGAGUAGUACAGCGUGAAAAAUUUGCUUGA